CCGUGCUGUUCUUGUUUGUUGUGUAGCCGCCACUAGUACGAAGCCCUCAGUCCUCCCUCACACACCGAACCGAGCGCACCAUGUCGUCGGCGGCUGGAGGAGUGGAGGAGACGGUGCGGGCGUCGCACAUCCUCAUCAAGCACGAGGGUUCCCGCCGCAAGGCCUCCUGGAAGGACCCUGACGGCCGCAUCAUCUCCGCCACCACGCGCGGCGACGCCGCAGCGCGCCUCCUGGACCUCCGCAACCAGAUUCUCUCCGGCCAGGCCAACUUCGCCGACCUCGCCGCUCGGCACUCCGACUGCUCGUCCGCGCGACGCGGUGGGGACUUAGGUACCUUUGGGAGGAGGCAGAUGCAGAAACCCUUCGAGGACGCCACAUAUGCCCUCAAGGUUGGUGAGCUCAGCGACAUCGUGGACACUGACAGUGGGGUUCACAUCAUCCUGCGGACUGCCUGAGGAGGGGAUCACACUGUCCUCUCAGGCUUUCAGUUAGUGCUUAUGGCGUUCUGUUAGAACCUGUAUUUGUAUUCCUGCUGGGAGCCUGAGUUCCAUUCCGUGCAAAGAUAAAUCAUGUGUGACGACACGUUUGCAACAGCAUUUAUGCUUAAACUGCAUUAAUGAUGAUGCGUUGAGCUCCUGAAUGCCUAGUUUUUCUGGCGACAGUA